AUGAGACCACUGAACUUAGAUGAAUGCUGGAUUUGUCAACAGCAAUUCCCUGACCAGAAGACAUUAAAGAGACAUCUAGCCAGUAAAGGAACGCAUGGAGGCCGCCUAUCAGUUGUUUGUCUGUGGUGUUUCUCAUAUGAGAAGAGGUUUUCCAGGAUCAGUGACCUGAAGUGCCACCUGGACGAGAAACACCCAGACAUAUCGCCAAAAUUAGAAAAAACCUUCAUGUCCGAGGCCAAUGGGAAUUGGUUUAGCGUCUUUCCUGAGGACUAUAGGAGAAUUGUUACCAAAGUCACCCCAAAAGGAAGUCCUUCUGCCGUCCAGGCAAGGAGCCAUGUCACCAGUUGGUUGGGGAAGUGCAAGUCAGUACGCAGAUUAAGACAGAGCUGGGUGGAGGAUUGGGCAAACCAUCCCAGAGAUACAGAUGUGGUUGGAACACCAAAACAGGGGAUCAGGGAGCCAUCUGUGGAGUCGGCAGUGAGUGAGUGGGAGCAAGACGUGCCCACCAUCACCUUGGAGGAGGACGCACCAAUGGAGGAGUAUGACCCCCUGUUGCCAUCAGUGCUUACACUCCACAGCAUCCAGAUGAACGCAGAUGGACCCCUGAUUGCCCUAUUCACCAUCAGAUUGAAGGAGAUGACCUGGUACAGGAUUGAGAUUGACCCGGUGAUAAGAAUGGUGGAGAAGUUUAAUGCAGCUUUAGAGAGGAAGGCAAAUACCAUCAGGCCAACUGACAUUUCUACCAUGUCUCAUAGCGGAUCACCAGUUUACGGGGAGGAAUUUUAUCACAAACAACAGAUGUGUGCUGACACCCUCAACAUCUCGCCGGCCUUAAUUACCAGGAUAGAAAGACGACCAGACAUCUUCUCCUCAGUCUCCAAGACCAAACCCAUCUUGGCUCCAACAAACUCUCCACUCGCUCCAACCAACCAGUCUCCAUCUGCAACAUCAUCUAUACCCAAGCCUCCAUCAUCAACAUCCAAGCAUCCAUCAUCAGCACCCAAGCCUCCAUCAUCUACACCAAAGCCAUCAUCAUCUGUACCCAAGCCCCCAUCAUCUGUAACCAAGUCUCCAUUACCUGCAUCCAAACCUUCAACAUCUACAUCCAAACCUCCAUCUUCGUUAAUAACCAGCCUUCCAGUGGUCCAACCCCCUUCAAGUUCAACAGAUUUGACCAUCACAGAGGAAACCCCUAUCCAGAAGAAAGCCAGGGAGAUAUUAACCCUGGGAUCCAUGCCAGCCAUACCACCGGCCAGAAGGAACUGGAAGACCAAAUCUAUAAAGAUACCAACGGGCACCACAUUCUUGCAGUGGCCUCCAAGGGAGUGGGAAACCCUCACACCUGACAGCAAGCUGUUGGCCUGGGAAUUCGCCGCUUCCCAGCUGGAGUAUCACUCCUCUGGGAAAUUUCCAAAACUGGAUAGAGUUGAUUUAUUGGACAAGUACAACUUCUUGGCCCUUCCUGGCACAAAAGAACAAAAGAUCAAAGGCAAGGAAAACCUAGUUAGGAAAUGUAGGUACUACAACUAUGAAAUCCUUAGGACCACCAUCAACAAAGACAACCCGGACUUCAAAAUAAUCGUUAACCAGUUAUAUACAACAAGGGAUUUGAGGGACACUUCAACCGACAAAAUAAUUGAUCUGUGCAACCAAAGCAAAAUACCUUUGCGUUUAUUGUGAAUUAACAUACCAUGUACUAACUUUACCAUAUAAAGCAGAUAGAAUUUUAAUCACAGUGGAAGUAAUAUGUCUUUUAGCGUUCUAAAUAAUGUCUCAUACAUUAACUAUAUUAUAUCUAAAAUUCAGGAGAAUUUCCGUUUAUAAGGA